AUGAAUUCGCACCUGCAGAUAAACAUUGACCAUGAUUGGUACUACGGGGAGGUGACACUGGAAAGAGGCCCCACUGGGCUCGGCCUCAGCAUAGCGGGGGGGUCGGACAACCCUCACAUAGGGGACGACACAAGCAUAUACAUCACAAAAAUCAUCAACGGUGGCAGCGCGGCUAUGGAUGGCAGGCUGAGGGUGAACGACAUAAUAUUAUCAGUGAACGGAAUUUCAACAGAAGACGUCACACAUACUGAAGCAGUCGAUGCACUUAAGAAAGCUGGAAAUCUCAUUCACAUGGUCAUCAAACGGAGCACCUCCCCGACACCAGCCGAUAACAUCAUCGAAGUUGAACUUAUAAAGGGCACCAAAGGAGGGCUGGGGUUCAGCAUAGCGGGGGGCAUCGACAACCAGCACAUGCAUGGAGACGGGGGUAUUUUUAUCACGAAGAUCAUCGAAGGGGGUGCGGCACACCUGGACGGCAGACUUUCCGUUAACGAUAGGCUGCUGGCGGUAAACAACAUCUGUCUGGAGAAUGUGACCCACGACGAGGCUGCAUCUGCCCUCAAGAACACCCUCGACUACGUCUACCUGCUAGUUGCUAAGGCACUUUCGCCAUCCAUCGCCAAAUCGCCGAGAAAAAAAACGCCCGGCGGUGUUCUAGGUGGAUUUAACGUGACGUCAUUAUCAUCGUAUAUUCCUCCGUGUAUUAUUGUAGACGAAACCGUGUCGAGAGAGCCCCGUAAGAUUAUUCUCCGGAAGUCGAGAUCCGGUUUUGGCUUCAACAUCGUUGGCGGAGAAGACGGCGAGGGAAUCUUCGUCUCGUACAUUUUGAGCGGUGGUGCCGCGGAACUUCACGGCGGCCUGCUUAGGGGGGACCAGCUGUUGUCGGUGAACCACAUAGAUUUGAGAUCGGCCACGCACAACCAAGCCGCAUCAAUCCUGAAGGGCAGCCCCGAUGUCAUUGAAAUCAUGGCCCAAUAUAGGCCAGAAGAUUACAACAGAUUUGAAGCGAAAGUGCACGAGAUGAGAGAGAGGAUGCUGGUGAUGUCGAACGGUGGGGCUGCCACUGGGGUCGCUCUAGGUGGGCCCCCUCUUGGUGGGGGAGGAUUGAAAACCAUUGAGAAAAGGAGUUUAUUUGUUAGGGCCCAAUUCGAUUACGACCCUAAUCGCGAUCAGGGCCUGCCGGGCCGGGGACUUCCCUUUCGAUAUGGAGACAUCCUACACGUUGUGAACGCUAGCGACGACGAAUGGUGGCAGGCGAGAUGCAUAAGUGGCAGUUGUGGUAGUAGUAGUGUCGACGGUCUAUUUGGUACUGCUGCCGAUAGCUAUGGAAUUAUUCCGAGUAAACGAAGGAUUGAAAGAAAAGAAAGAUCACGUUUGAAGAAUGUUAAAUUUCAGAACAAAGGAGGAUACGAAAAAGAAAAAGUAUUCAUCUCGACGUCGACAUCGUCUUCUCUGAGUCGCAAGUUUCAAUUCAUGAAGAGUAGAGAAAGGAGUAUGAGUGACGAUGCCCUCAGCUCUGAAGAUUGUACGUUUGUUUGCAUGUUUGUUUGUAUGUUUUUUUUGUUUGUUUACGAGAACAUAAAAUCAUACGAGCCAGUCAUACAGAAGGAACUAAAGUACACGAGACCCGUGGUCAUUUUGGGACCAUUGAAGGAUCGAAUCAAUGAUGACCUCAUUUCGGAAUUUCCAGAUAAAUUUGGGAGUUGUGUGCCGCACACCACCCGACCAAAGAGGUUGUACGAAGUUGAAGGUCGCGACUAUCACUUCGUGCCCUCCAGGGAACUCAUGGAAAAAGACAUUCAGAACCAUAUGUUCAUUGAAGCCGGCCAGUAUAACGGCAAUUUGUACGGAACAUCAGUUCAGUCUGUCAAAGAAGUUGCUGAAAAAGGUAAGCAUUGCAUACUUGACGUCAGUGGGCAUGCGAUAAAAAGGUUGCAAGCGGCUGAACUCUAUCCAAUUGCCAUCUUCAUCAAACCAAGAUCGUAUGAAUCUAUCAUGGAUUGGAAUAGAAGGAUAACGGAAGAGCAGGCUAGGAAGACGUUCGAGAGAGCUUCAAAACUGGAAGACGAAUUCUCUGAUUAUUUCACUGCCAUAGUGACAGGCGAAACUUCGAAUGAAAUUUUCACGAGAGUUAAAGAAGUUGUCUGGGACCAAUCGAGACCUAUAAUUUGGAUUCCUUCCAAGGAGUUCCUUUGA